GGUGGUUCUUAUUUUUGUCGUUGUCGGCUAUUGUAGGAAGUAUUUUAGACCGUACCCUACACAGGAAGUGGACAAACAUGCCGGCCAUGGAAGAAAAUAAACCAAUUAGCUGGGCGGAACAGGUUGAAGCUGGAGAAGAUCGUUCACUGCCUCCAGCCUCUGAAGAUUUUGAUGAGCAAAAUAGUAUUAAAACUAUCACAGAAUACAAGUUCAAUGAUGAUGGUAAAAUAGUCAAGGUGGUAAAGACCUACAAAGUUGAAAAAAGAAGGGCUGCAAAGACAAUUGCAAGAAGAAAGAAUUGGAGGAAGUUUGGUGCUGCUGAAAAUGAUCCACCAGGUCCGAAUCCUGCCAACACCAUCGUACAGGUGGAGGAAAUCAAUAUGCAGAUCAUUCUAAACAAAGAGAAUAAAAACCAGGAACCAGAAGAAGAUCCCCUGGCUAAACUGAAGACACAGAAGUUGGUAUCCUGUCGUAUUUGUAAAGGCGACCAUUGGACCACAAAAUGUCCCUACAAGGAUACCCUAGCACCACUACAGGAAACAUUGGAAGGUGAUAAGAAGAAACCAGAAGAGCCCGGUGCUCCAGUGCAGGCACCGUCCACACCUGCGGCAACCAAGCAAACAGGUAGUAAAUAUGUGCCUCCCAGUAUGAGAGAUGGGGCAAAUAAAGGUCGUGGUGAAACGAUGAAGUCUAGCAGAGAUGAGUCAGCAACUAUCAGAGUGACCAACUUGUCCGAAGAUACACGAGAGUCAGAUCUGCAAGAAUUGUUCCGACCAUUCGGACCUAUACAGAGAAUAUAUCUGGCAAAAGAUAAAAAUACUGGUCAGUCAAAGGGUUUUGCUUUUAUCAAUUUUCACAGAAGGGAAGAUGCUGCACGUGCUAUAGCUGGUGUGUCAGGGUUUGGAUAUGAUCAUUUAAUUCUCAAUGUUGAAUGGGCCAAACCCUCUGGCACAGCCUAGUAAAAGGUCAGACAGAGACAAGCUUUUGAAUUGAUAAUUAUUAAACAUUGUGGGAAAUUAACUUAAUAUUAAAUAAAAUUACAGUGAAGAGAGACAAA